AUGGUGUGGACGGUCAAGGAACUCUUCAAAAAGUAUCCGGACUGGCCCUUGGCUCUCCUGUCGUACAGCAAUGCACCUGGCGUCACCGGCAACAGCCCCGCUCAGCUGCUGAUGAAAUGCAGCCUCCGGACUUACCUUCCUGUGCCUACAGCUACAGUUCUUCCCAAUUCUUUUUGCGCUGCCGACUUCAACAUGCGUGACCCGGCCCAACGUCGCCGCCAGUGUCAAGAUUUGAACCGUCGGCACGCUGAGAAGGACUUACAUCCUCUGGAGAAGGAGAACAUCAUUCGCGUCGUUGACCACAAGCACCUCGUGUUUGAAAUCAAGGCCGAAGCCAAGCCCUUCUACUCACAAGGGCAGCGGGCAUGCGGGGGCCUCGUCAAGCCAAACCGAACUAUUAUGUUUGAUCACGUCGUUGGUGAACACAAAAAAGAUAAGUACAUAUUUGAGCACACAAACAAGGAGAUGCUGACGACGCUUCUUGAUGGCUGCAAUUGCUCCUUGUUCGCGUAUUGUGCAACCGGAGCCGGCAAGACGUUCACGAUGUUGGGCUCCAAGGAGUGUCCCAGAGUGGUCUCCCUGACGGCCAUCGAGCUCUACCGCCACAUUGACAAGCGCCGCUCCGAGGGCCACUCGUGCGACGUGGCGGUCACCUACCUGGAAGUCUACAACGAGGUCUGGGCCCCAAAACGCCGCUGCACUGGCAACAACCGAUCGUCGCCCGGGGCUUGCGUGAACGUGGCCGUGAGGGUGCGCCCACUGAGCGAGCGUGAGUCCAAGACGUCCAGCACCAUUCGCGUCGUUGACCACAAGUACCUAGUGUUCGAAAACAAGGCCGAAGUCGAGCCCUUCUACUCUCAAGGGCAGCGGGCAUGCAUGGGCCUCGUCAAGCCAAACCGACCAUUUAGGUUUGAUCAAGUCGUUGGCUUGGAGCGUGCCAGUGCGGUGAACGGAAGCGUCAAGGACCUUAUACGCGAGGGCACCAAGGUCAACCUAUCAAUGGUGGCACCAAGCAACUGCAUCGAUGCCCUGUCCAAGAGUGGAGCUCAGCGGGUGCCGUACCGGGAUUCGAAGCUGACGCACAUAAUGAAGGACUCUUCUGGUGGCACGUGUGGCACCCUCAUGAUUGCGGCUGUGUCGCCGUCCAAGCUCAGCUAA